AUGCAGCCUACUAUGGAGGAGAAACCACAGGAAAAGAAGUCUGUACCUAAGAAAAACGCUGAGCCUAAAGUGAAUGGUCUUGCAACUGUGCAAGAAAAUGGCUUUCUUGAAGAAGGGGAUGGAGCGGCAACGAUCGAGGAACUGAUGCGUACUCGAGCUCAUUUCCACAAGGUUGGUGAGAACUAUAUGACGGAUGGUUACAUCACUACGCCAAAGACAAAAGAGUUAUUGAAAAAGCAUCUAGAAGCUACUGGCGGAAAGGUGAUCACAAGAUUCCCUCCGGAGCCAAAUGGAGUGCUUCAUAUUGGACAUGCCAAAGCAAUCAACAUCAAUUUUGGCUACGCUAAGGCUCACAAUGGAUUGUGUAACUUACGAUUUGAUGACACCAACCCUGAAAAGGAAGAAGAGAAAUUUUUUACUGCCAUUGAGGACAUGGUUCAUUGGUUAGGUAAGCUGUCUUUAUGAUA